AUGGAAGGCGCUUGUCUUUUCGGGACCGCUCCUCGUCCUCACGAGUAUUUGAACAUUAGCGAUUUGCCCGAGUUGCGGGACUGGAGGAACGUCGGCGGAAGCAACUACGUCACCGCCACCCGCAAUCAGUACUGCGGCAGCGCAAUGGCAGAUCGCAUCAAUAUUAAGCGGCGAGUAGCGCGGCCGUCCGCUUACCUGUCCGUACAGCACGUGGUGGACUGCGCGCAGGCCGGUUCUUGCCACGGCGGGGAUAACGUCAACGUUUGGGAGUACGCCGUCGCCCACGGCAUCCCGGACGAGACGUGCAAUAACUACCGGGCCAAAGACCGAGGUGAGGCCCUUCACGAGCGCGGCACCUGCACCACCUUCAGCGUGUGCGACGUGUUGAAGAACUACACCCUGUGGAAAGUAGCCGAUUACGGAGCGGCGAGCAGAAGGGAGAAGAUGAUGGCAGAAAUCUAUGCCAGAGGACCCAUAAGUACCCUGGCGUAG